AACGACUCCAACACUCAAAUUAAAAUUCCUAUAUUAAGUAAAAAUAGAAAAAAUAAUCCAACAAUUAAGCCUUCUUUGUCUCUACGCCUUAUUAGCUUACGUGCCGAAUCACAACUAGUUAGGCCACAUUUAUUCCAUACAUUGAUAUGAACCAUUUUUAUAUCCAUUAAGACUCCAGUGUCGCGUAUAGCCACCGUGACCACCAUUUUAAUAUAGCCACCUUCGUACCAUAACUCAUUUUGAGAUCUUUCCUUCUAUUUAUUUAUAUAUAAAGGCAAUAGACCAAAAUUUAUCAUUCUUCAGAUAUUUUUUUUUCUCUUUCGACCCCUAUGGAGAUGUGUCUCUUUCAACGCACAUCGAAAACUCAUUCUUCAUCUUCUUCUUCAACUAUCUCGAGCCGUAUGAUAAAUUGCGUACUACUUUCUGUUUUUGCUUCCUUGGUCUACCUUCUCGUCUCGUUAUCUAGGUUUCAAUCUAAAGACACUAUCGAUGCCUACUUCUUAUCUUCUCAAGAUCAAUCUCAGAGCCCAACAGAGAUCGAUCACAUAGUCUUUGGGAUCGGAUCGAGCAUUAAGUCGUGGCCUGCACGUAGAGAGUAUGUUAGGCUUUGGUGGGAUGCUCAGAGAAUGAGAGGAUGCGUCUUUGUUGACCGUCCCUUGACGUCUUUGGUGAACGACACAGAUUCUCAUCUCCUUCCUCCGAUUUGUGUUUCCGAAGAUACAUCACGGUUCAGAUACACUUGGAGAAAAGGAGAUAGAAACGCGAUUAGGAUCGCGCGGUGCGUGUUAGAAACCGUAAGGAUGUUUAAUACCUCCUCAGAAGAAGUAAGAUGGUAUGUAUUUGGAGACGACGACACAAUAUUCAUCCAUGAAAACCUAGCAAAAACGCUCUCCAAAUACGACCACACAUCAUGGUAUUACAUUGGAGCAAGCUCAGAGAUUUAUCACCAGAACUCAUUGUUCGGACACGACAUGGCAUUUGGUGGUGGAGGGAUCGCUAUAAGCAGCUCGUUGGCUGACGUUUUAGCUAAAAAUUUUGAUUCGUGUAUCGAAAGGUAUCCACAUUUGUACGGAGGAGACUCUAGGGUUCAUGCUUGUAUGCUUGAACUUGGAGUUGGAUUGUCUCAUGAGCCUGGCUUCCAUCAGUUUGAUGUGAGAGGAAAUGCAUUGGGAAUACUGACAUCACAUUCAACGAGACCGUUGGUGUCUCUACACCACAUGGCCCACAUUGAUCCCAUUUUCCCAAACUCAACCACUUUCUCCGCCGUCCGCCACCUCUUCUCCGCCGUGGAACUUGAUCCUCUCCGUAUAUUUCAACUAUCCGUUUGCUACGACCGUUGGCACUCUUGGACCAUCUCUGUCUCCUGGGGCUAUGCUGUUCAGAUUGAGACUAGGCAUUUAUUUCUGCGGGAUGUUUUGAGAACACAAAAAACGUUUCGACCAUGGAAAAAUUCUGGCGGUUUGGCAAGUGUGUACACAUUCAAAACAAGAGAUGUUCAUCCUGAUCCAUGCCAAAGACCUGUCACCUUCUUCAUGGAACAUGUUUCUUCUUCUCCUGGUGAUGGAACUAUUAAAAGUGUGUAUAAGCAAGCUUACCAGAAUUGCACGUACGAUCCCAUUUCAUCUCCUCGAAAAAUCGAAGAGGUUAGAGUGUUUUCAGCAAGGUUGGAUCCGGAUAUCAGACAAUUGAAGGCUCCGAGAAGACAGUGUUGUGAUAUAUUACCAACUUCUUCCAAUGGUGGAAAAGUAUUGGACAUUGGAAUUCGAGAGUGCAAAGAGGAUGAGUUAAUCUAUAUACAUCCCUAGUAGCAACGUAACUAAUACGCUGUUAAUACCUUCUUUUUGUUUGUUACAUUUGCUAUCCAAAUUUAACAUAUGUCGUUGCCAUAUACAUGUUUUUAGUUAUUCUUCAUUUUUGUAUACUAUAUACUUAUUAAACUGUGACUCAGGUUGUUGCUUUUCAACUUUUGAGAUUUGUAGUGAACCAUUUUUGAUUA